CAAUGACGCCUCUUUAGUAAGCAGAGAAGAAGGAGCUGUAAGUAAGCGGGGCGUGGUUAGGGAGACGUCAUCACGGGGCGACGGGUGAGAGGAAAGGAAACAGAGAGCGCCUCGUGAUGAAAGGAGGCGGUGAUUGGUUGCCGUUGAGGCGUCAUCAGGGAAACGUCAUCACGGGGCGACGGGAGAGAAACAGGACUAGAACGCCUCGUGGUGAGGGAAGGCAGUUGGUUGCAGCUGAGGCGUCGUCAUGGCGGAGUCUGAAGGGAAAGCGGCGUCCCAGGCGGCGGCGUCUGUUGCUCCGCUCGGGUCCCAGCUGCCCUCCUUCGAAGCGGCGCAGGCGCUGGUGGGCAGCCGCUACUCCUGCCUGGUGGUGACGCCUCACGCGAGGCACGUCUCCCUCCCGCCCCUCUUCCUCCACCGCAAGCGGACGGGGAUCUCCCUCCUGCUGGACGCCGAGCUCCGCCGCUACUCCGAGAGUUUCCAGGGAGUUCCUGUGGCCUAUGAUAAUAUUAAAAUAACCAAAGAACUGGGAGAUAUAAUUGAUGACAUUGGAGCGAUCCACCUGGACAUUGAAGCAAAUUUUGCAGUCUUUCAGCCUCAAGCUGGAAAAAAACUUGUGGGUAUAAUCAAUAAAGUGGCACCUAGCCACAUAGGCUGUUUGGUACAUGGAUGCUUUAAUGCUUCUAUCCCCAAGCCAAAUCACAUCUCCACUGAUGAAUGGAAAAACCUUGGCUUUGAAAUAGGCAACAGACUGGUAUUUAAAGUGUCACAUUUUGAUUCAGAUGCUGCUGGAGUGUUCUGUAUCAGAGGAAAAUUGUGUAGCAGCAGCACUGGAAAAGAGACACAAAAGGAAAAGCAUAAGAAAAAAUAUGAGAAGCACCUUCAUGAGCAGAGUGGCACCGAGGAGUUGGAGAUUGACCUAGCGACUACUGAGACUGACAGAGAGAUACAGCACAAUGAGAUUGAUAAUGGAGUAUGUGAUAUGGCCAACAGUCAAGAGAUUGCAGAUUCAGGGACACAUGUCAGUGACUCAAGUGGCUACCAUAGUGAUCAUGUCAAAUCUAAGAAAAAGAAGAGAAAACACUGUGAGGAAGAAAAUGGACUCCCUGCUUUGUCACAAUCAAAAGCUAAAAAGAAGAGAAAGGAAUGAGAAAUAGUUUGCAUAAUGCUAAAGUGCCUUCAGCUAAACUUGGAACUGUUUCAUCAGAUUUAUUAUGCUUCAUUUUCUUGUUAAUGUUUGGUUGAUUUCGAGGUGUUCUAUGGGAACUGCUGCAUAUAGGAACAUGGGAAGGAUUUUUAAAAGUAGUUAGUGAAUAUGACAAGGCAAUUAGGUUUCCUGCACACUGUCAGUAUAUAAAUUAUUCUCCAUCAAAAGCAAAAGUAGAGGACAUCUGGGUUUAAAUAUGGUGCAGUGCUUCUCCAUGACGUGAUUUAAAGUGAGGUAUACUGCAAACAUGUACAAGAUUAUAUAUUCCUAAUUUAGUUGGGAACAUGUUAAAAAAAAUACUAUUUUUUUAAAAUGAAAACACCACAGACUACCAAAUAGCUAAUGGGAGGGAAAAAACAGAAAAAAAGGAGUAGGUUUGUAUACAGUUUUAAGCAUAUAUACAUGGAAAUCGUUUAACAACAAAAACCUGACAGUACAUUACUGCGGUAGUUGCUGUAGCAAGAGUAGUAAUGUCUUAGAAGUUGGAGGUGGAUGGAUAUAUCUGUAAGAGCUGUAAUCUUGUCAAUUUUGUGAUCAGAAUUUUGGAACUCCCUUAAAGAUAAAUCACUAUGUCCUGUGGAUUAAAA